AUGGAGGACCUGCUCAAAGCGCUACGCAAUAUCGGAUUGGAAUUGCCAGAUCCGGAGCAGCUUCUUCAGCUUUUCGAUCCGGACAGCGAGAUUCAGGACAACCUCGCUCGACAUCUCUCCCUCACACCCGCCAAAAAUGACCUCGUACCUGACGAGAACGAGCCGGUCAUCAACGGUGACACCACAGCAGGAAGUGACGAUGACGAAGGGCUGGUAAUGGAUCCACUCGUUGAUGCUGACCUGUUCAAGGGAGCUGUACAGGCUUUGCUGGAGAACUACAACAAGUCGAUCGAUAAGGAGCGUGAUACACUUCGCAAGGAGAAGGAAGCUCUCGCCGCACCUAAGAAGCUCAAACCCGUACCAUUGAAAGCAUUGCUAGCAAGGCAAACGGCAGAGAUCAAGAAGCGUCAUGAAGAGGUCUACGUUGCAAGUCACGAUCCCGAAUCUGGCCGCAAACGCAAACGAACCUAUCUGCCUCGACAAACACUCGACGGUGUUGGCAGCUAUGCAUCCGACAAAGCUCUCGAUCAGCUCACAAGAAUAGAUGCAGACCAGCUUGCAGCGCCGAAGCGCUUUGAAUGCCGAUACAUCCUCUGCAAGGUCGCUUCAAGCUUGAACCUCUAUGUCGGCUGCACCUUCAUCGGCGUCCUCCCAUCAGGCAAUGCUCUUCCCAUCACAAUCGCACACUUCACCAGCAACCUUCACCUUAGCGGAGAGCAGCUCGACGCACAUCUUCCUAUCGGAACUGUCAUUGUAAUACGAGAACCAUACGUCAGCUUGAACCACUUUGCAAAGGGUGGACCAUGUCAAGGAGGCAAGAGCGUUCCAGGGAUCCGUAUCGAUACGCCGACCGAUGUACUCAUUCUAGACAGACUGAACGACUCUGAUGCAAAGCUACUCGACGCUACAUCUUGGAAGGUCAAUGUAGAGCAAGAUGAAAGACAACCUUUUGUAGAUGCCGUCUCUUUGCUUCGCGAUUCUCCUGCAGCAUGCAACACGCAAGGCUGCCGAUGGUUGCAAGAUGGUCCACUUUCUCGUCUCGUAGCGGCUUCGAGCCUGGAGCAGUCAGCGAAGACCCUGCAAGGACUGAACGAAGAUGAAAGGAGGCAGCUAAGCCAGCGAACACGCUCUCUUAUUCAGUCUUUUCUAAGCGAGAACCGCCCUGGAGCAGCCUAUCGUGAACUCUGUGCAGCUCGCCUCCUUUCCCUCCCACUCUCCAUCUCUUCCACUAGCCCGGUAGCGGAAGACCUCGAACUCGAAGGCCAGGUUCUCUACAAGAAAUGCGAUUUCGAAGCAAGCCGACUAGCCUUUGAAGCCGCUCUCUCAGCCUACCCUCCUUCCGAACGCAUCUCAGUACAAGAUCGCAUCCUCGAAACCCUCAACACAGUCCGCUCGGCCCAAAACGCCUCCGCUCUCGGACCAACACACGAGAAUGUUUGGGGCUACUACUUCGACUCGCAGUCUUACGCUACUCCCCGUUUUGACGUUCAGGACUGGUUUGGACCCGUAGCUAUCGAAAACGUCCCAGGGGCUGGUCGAGGGUUGGUACUGACAAGAGAUGUGGAAGAGGGAGAGCUCUUGUUGUGCUGCAAGGCUGCUGCGUCGAGCUAUGCGGCAGAAAGUGGAUGUAGAGGAGUCUACCUCCUGCGAUAUACAGUGGAGACAGGUGUGACAAGUACAACGACACAAGUUCUAGCAGCGACCAAGAGCAUUCAUGCGAUGAUCGACAGGCCAAACGAGCUCACAUUGCCGAUUAUGGGGCUGACUGCAGGACCAGACGUUGAGUACUCGAAAUGGGUCGACCAGUCAUACCCUGCUCCACCCAAACGCACGUACAUCGACGCAGCAAGGCCAGCAGACCAGAUUGAAGCCCUUGUCGCAUCUUGCCAGAAGCAGCUCAGCAUCAACUCUGAUCAAGCGCGCAAGUGGCACAGCACAGUGCUCGAAGGCGUAUCCCGUCCUCCAAUCGACUCCAGCUACGUGGACGGUGUUCUCCGAUUCAACGCUUUCGGACCCGCCGCUAACCCCGGCGGCAAGUCCUCCUCCUCCUCCUCAUCGGAAGAUGCACAAACCGACUCAGAACUCACACGGUCAACCAUGGUCCACCCUCUCCCAGCUAUCCUCAACCAUGCUUGCCUACCCAACGUCUCAUCGGUAUUUUUCGGCGACAUUGUCACCACUCGAGCUCUCCACCCACUCAAGAAGGGUAUGGAGAUCAUGCAUCAGUAUGUCAAAGGAGAGCAACCUUGGCUUAUCCGACGAUCUCAACUUUCCAAGCAUGGUUUCAAGUGCAGCUGCGGCAUCUGCCUGCUCGAUGAACGUGAUGGAGAAGACAAGGUUCGGGAGAGAGGUCAAAUUAUCGGAGGAUCAUUAACUAUGCUUCAAGAGCGUAGUCGAAUCGUGCUCAAGUCUUCAAUCACACAGCAAGCUGGAAAGGAGGAUGACGAAGAUCACAAGGAUCUAGCAGAAUCGUUGCGAGAGAUGAUCGCAAAAGUUCAAGCCACCUAUCAUGCCGAGAGGGGCUUGUUGAGACCUGAUCUGAUGAAGAUCUACCAGCUCCUCGCGCUGCAUCAACGCGAGUACGACUGGGACGCAGCAGUUGCAUCAGAGUUGAAAGCACUAGAAUCCAUCGGCUGCACUCCCUCCAGCAACGCAGAGGGUAGGAUACUGAAGGAGCUCCCAUCGCUACACUUUGAUGGAGGUAUCACAUCAAUGUUGGCCCUAGCAAAGCUCAUGCUGCAGAAGGAAGAAGAGAAGAAGGAAGAUGCGAGAAGAUGGGUCGAACAGGCGUUCUAUACGCAUCAAUGUACGAUUGGCGGCGGAUUGGAUAUCUUUUUGGACCGAUGGAACGAUGCUUUCCCCGACUUGCCUUAUCGGGAAUGGUUGCCGCGAUAUUAG